CAGUCAGUCUGUCGCCUGUGUCACCUAAUAACACAUUAAGCCGCUACCAAAACAAAGACUAACCGGUUUGCAACGCUUGAGAUCGGGUCAUCCCCAAGCGCUUGCUCUCUUAACGCUCAGAUCUUGAUUGUUGUGUUUGUGAAAGGCUGGCCAAAAGUGGUUUCGGUUGAUGUAUGAUAUUAAGCUGAAGAGCUACAAGAGUCGACUAUGGCGUAUUAUUAGUUACUUAGUUCUUAUAAACAUGCUUUAAACUUCAAAUUAUCCUGAAAGGUUGAGGCGAUUAUUUAAAGUUUAUUAAGCAGGAUUUCCGGGCAAUCGGACGAAUCAUAUGGUGUUCCAAAGAUAUAGGCUUUUAUCACUCAAUUGCUGUGUGAAUAAUGAGGAGGAAGUAUUACUCAGAGCAAGUUAAUAUCAGUGUAGAAUAAAUAUGCGAAGAAAGUAUUAUUCAGCAAAUACAUAUCACUGAUAUGAUAUCAGUAAUGUUUAUUGAUUGUGACUAAAGCUAGGUUUAGACACAAAAUAUUUCUGGACUUAUGUAAAUAAAUUAUACUUAUAAUAACAAGCUACUCUCAAUGAACAUACCGCUUUGUUGCAAGAAUAGGGAAAAGUCGGAAAACGCUGCUUUUACGUUAAUGAUGCAGAAAUGCUCCAUGUCAUCAUCCUAUCUCGUUCCGCAAAGAGCGUGAGAAAUUCCAAACUUUGGUCUUUCAACAAACCACACUUGAAAACUUUGAAGGCGAUUUUCGUAAAAGACUACGUCACUCUUCCACUAAAUGGGGAACAUGUAACUACAUGGUCCCUUAUUAAAUCGCAACUUGUAGCUGCAUCCUACAAUCAAGAGGAAAACGCACAGCAACCCAGGCAGCAUGCUUCCCACGCGAAUGUGUCGAGAGCGCUUAUUUACCUCCAUAAUUGAUGGAGUCCUUUUGGAAAGCCGGAAGCAAUCUCCUGGCCGGCGGCCUGCACUUCCUCGUUUCAACGACAGUGGGUUAGUGGUAGCCACAUCAAAACUGCAGCGCCUUCACCGGUGCAGGCCAGCCAGCCCACCAGCCAAGAGCCCAUUAUUCCGAGAGCCAGGCCAGCCACAGACCGGAGUGAAAACCAGUUUCGGGGCGCUAAAGAGCGGUUCAGCCCCCGCUUAAGCUCUCUUAGCUGUUUAGUCCGCUGAAUGCUGGCUUCGCUGCCGAAAUUCGGAAUUACGAUUUUGCACAUUCGCCAAUUGGGCUUGGGAGUCUGAAGCGGUCGCUCGGUGUCUAAACAACGUGGUCGCGCUUGCCCAACUUAACCCAGUAUCACAUCACCUGUGCUCCACCAGAGAUGCGCGGUUGUUAGCGAGUGAGUGAGUGACACAGACUGCAGUGACUCCAACGGAAAGGUCAGUGGCUCAGUGACCCCUUGAGUGAUCCCCGGACGCAAUGAGAUUGAUCUGGCUGCAGCUCCUGGCUGCUGGGGGGGCUCUCUACCUGUCCAUCGGUUGUGCAAUGGCCUCGGCUGCCAAAGCGUCUACAAGCCGCGGCGUUGCACAAUUCAGGCUCCCGCUCCCAGCUCCACAGCCCGACCACCAAGCCGCGGCGGCGGUUUCAGGAGCGGAUCAGGCCAGGCGGGAGAAGCAGGGAGCAGCCACCCCGCGGAGGGUCGUCCGGCGGCGCAGGCCCUCCUCCUCCAACACAACCACCUCCUCCAGUACCACCACCACGUCGACAACAACAACCACAUCCACCACAACGACCACAACAACUCCGCGUCCCAGCUUGGCCAACGGCUUCAACUUCUUCAAUCCGAACUUCUGGAGCUUCGGCCAGCAGAGUCUGGUGGCAGUGCGUCCGCCCACCAAGCAGCCCCAUCCGCCCAAGAAGUUCAGUCCCAAGGAGGAGAAGACCGGUCAGCGGAAGCCGGUCAAGACCACCAGGAAACCAGCGGAUCCCAGAACUACAACAGGUAGAGCCCGAAGUAGUACCUCCACCUCGACGACCACCGCAAAACCCUCUACCACGGAUGGACCUUUCCGUAUUGCCCUGCCCACCCUGAACUUUCCCAGCGAGACUAAGGGUAAGGAGAACGACAAGGAGAAGGGCAAGCGGGCGGCGGCGGAGCUCCGGCUGAGAUUCGAUUGCCCGCGGGAGAACGAGGUGAGGUUCCAGCUCUUCCCCAAGAUUUGCAAGGCCGAUCGGGACUGCGCCGUGUGGCAGAGGGAUGAGCUGUGCUGCGACAUCUUCGGGGCCAGCAGCUGUGUCUCCGGGGUUCCAAAGCCCCUGGAGGAGACGCCACAUGCACCCAUCCUGGGUUUGAUUCCCCGCAAGUGCCCCAGUAGGCCGCUGGCGGAGCUCUGGUGGGAUGUGCAGGAGUGCUCGACCGACAUGGACUGCUGGCCACGGGUCUGCUGUCCGGACGGCCGGAGAAGGUACUGCCGCACCUCGCAGCCGGAGCUGGAGACAGCCCCAGUGCCAGUGAAGCGCUCCUUUGACUACCUUACGGAGUACCUGGAGUGCACCGCCCCGCCACCGCCCAUCUUCGACCUCCAUCCCAAGGCGUGCACCUCCACCUUGGACUGCUUUCCGAACGUGUGCUGCCAGGAGGCGGGACUGCGCCACUGCCGGCCGCCCAAGAAGUCCGUGCUCACGCUGAUGGCCAACUUCCUGAACGUGGACUUUGUGAAGCGACUGGCCCAGAAUAUCGUUAUCAAGUAGGCCGCGAGUUUCCCCCUAUUUUCAGCCUUGUGUGUGCCGUGUGCUUGGAGCGCCUUCCCUAGAACCUUUCGAAACUGCCGUGAUAUCUCGCCCACAUUUGUUUGGCCACGCUGAUAACCAAAAAGAAGACAAGCCCACACACCUACGGGCACAUACGUGCGUUUCAUAUGCCCAUACUGCGCACUUUGUGGCCCCCAUCGAUUCCCCGCAAUCCUCCAUUAAUGUUCACCUAGCCUAGUACUAGACGUAAGCUGCAUCCGUAGGCUAACAAAGUAAAUGCGAACCAUAAA